AUGGAGUUUUUAAAGUUUGAACUUCAUAUUUUCCACAAAAUGGGAGACCCUAAUUUGGUUACAACAUGCAAUUUUCACGGACAAGAAUAUUUAUUUAAAAUGAACAUUUUGUGUAACAAUUUAGAAAUAUUAAUAACGGAUAAAAGCUCUGGUGAAGAAUGGCAGUGCAGCUACGACGCUACAUAUAUAGAGAACUUAACUCAUAAAACGGGAAAUUUUAAACAGUUUGACAUUUUUGUGGCGAUGAUAAAAUCAGGCCUCUUAAGGACCAGUGAGAGCGUCAGUUUAGAUCUGUUAACUUUUGAGGAUUUGGAAUUGUUGAGAUCAAGAAAAAUCACAAAAUCUGUGGGGUCCAGCAAUAAUAACAGAAGAUACCUUAUAGUCACUUAUGUGGUGGAAUUUGAUAAAAUUCGAUACCCUUUACCUCUGGAAUACUGUGGUCCACCUGAUCCUGUAAUACUACAAGGAACCAUACGAAGAUUAGAAAUAGAACUAGCAAGAGCUCGAGAAGAACUUUCGUUGAAGAAUAAUAACAAUGAUUCAAGGAAAAUAUAUUACCUACAAAAAAGUAUUUUUUUAACUGCUAGAGUUGAUGAACUGACCGAAGAGAAUGUUCAUUUGCAAGAGGAAAUUCGUCAUUUAUCAAAGUUACUCGAAAAAAAGCCCAAAAAUCAAGUAUUGUCGUUACAGAAAGCAGUGAGCAACCUAGAAAAAUGUGUAGUGAGCGAAAGGAAUUCCCAUCAUGAAUUGGUUGAAAAACUAAGAAGCGAUAAAAUACACCUUGCCAAAGAACUGGAUAAAGUCAAAUGUUCAGAAAAAUGUCUAAAGGCAAAAUUAACUAAGACCAACCAUGCGUCAAGAAUGGGGCUUGGAGAUCAUCCAAAUAAAGUACCACUUACUCAAAGAAGAUCAUGUCACAGUCUUCAUACAAUGUAUAAAAGACACCAGUCACCUGCUUUGGUAGAGGAAUCUAGCAUGAGGAAGGAGUUGUCAAAUAAAAAGUCUCAGGAUUUCAUAGAACCUAGGUAUUCAAAAAGUGCUAUCAAACAUGAGAGAAGUGUGGAGAGUUCCUUGUCUAGUAACAGAUACGCAGAUCCAGAGUUGCUUGAUUUACCCAUCAACGAUCCAAGGAGUAGAACACCUAGUCCUUCACCUAGGAGAAGUAAAUCAAGGACACAUUAUCAUUCUAGAUGCAGUUCUAUUGGUUCUGGAACAAGUUCCAGGGCAAGUUCAAAGUGUUCUUCGUCUAGAAAACAUAAGAAACCCGGUGAAUUGGAUUAUAAAAAAUUGGAGCAGAAAAUUGCCGAUUUACAGAAAAUGGUAAAGCAAAAUUUGAAGCGCACCAAGUGA